UUCUUCGUCCCCUUCCCGCCGCGGCAUCCACCCUUCUCCCUCCGCGCCAGAUUCCUCCACUCCACUCCAAGCCGGAAUAAAAUACCCGACCCGACGCCACACAAAACGACGGCCCAGCCGGUUCCCCCCGCCUCCACGCCUCGCCGCCAUGCCGCUCCUCCUCUCGCCCCUCACGGCGCGGUGCCUCCACCGCUCCCCGCACCUCCCCGCGCCCGUCGCGCACCGCCCCUCCCGCCCCCGUCCCUUCGGCGGCGAGGCCCGCGGAGGCGGCAGGGGGAGGGUGGCGGUGGUGUCGGAGAGGCAGGCGGCGGCGGUGGAGACGUCCCCCGGAGGAGAGGGAAGCGACGGGGAGCGAUACGACGCGAUAGUGGUCGGGUCCGGGAUCGGGGGCCUGGUGGCGGCCACGCAGCUGGCCGCGAAAGGGGCCCGGGUGCUGGUCCUCGAGAAGUACAUCAUCCCCGGGGGCAGCUCCGGGUACUACCGCCGCGACGGGUUCACCUUCGACGUCGGCUCCUCCGUCAUGUUCGGGUUCUCCGACAAGGGAAACUUAAAUUUGAUAACGCAAGCACUAGAAGCUGUUGGAUGUAAGAUGGAAGUCAUACCAGACCCUUCUACGGUUCAUUUCCAUCUACCUGGUGCUCUCUCUGUUCUUGUGCAUAGGGAGUAUAAUGACUUCAUCGAAGAGCUGGUUAGCAAAUUCCCGCAUGAAAAAGAAGGAAUCCUAAAAUUCUAUGGUACAUGUUGGAAGAUCUUCAAUUCAUUAAAUUCUUUGGAACUAAAGUCCUUGGAAGAACCUCUAUACCUAUUCGGGCAAUUUUUUAAGAAGCCUUUGGAAUGCUUGACUCUCGCAUACUAUCUGCCACAGAAUGCGGGGGAUAUUGCUCGCAAGUUCAUAAAAGAUCAGCAGUUGCUAUCCUUCAUAGAUGCUGAGUGUUUUAUUGUGAGCACAGUCAAUGCCUUGAAAACACCCAUGAUCAAUGCGAGCAUGGUAUUGUGCGAUAGGCACUUUGGAGGAAUUAAUUAUCCAGUUGGUGGUGUUGGUGGUAUUGCGGUGUCUUUGGCAAAUGGCCUUGUUGAAAAGGGCAGUGCAAUACGUUACAAGGCGAAUGUGACCAAUGUUAUUCUUGAAAAUGGGAAAGCUGUUGGAGUGAGGUUGUCAAAUGGGAAGGAGUUAUUCGCUAGAACAGUAAUAUCAAAUGCCACAAGAUGGGACACAUUUGGAAAACUCGUGAAGGCUGAAGAGCUUCCAGAAGAGGAGAAAAACUUUCAGAAGAACUAUGUUAAAGCGCCAUCUUUUCUAUCCAUUCAUCUGGGUGUCAAAGCCUCAGUUUUACCUGCUGGUACUGAUUGCCACCAUUUUGUACUGGAGGAUGACUGGUCGAACUUGGAAAAGCCUUAUGGAAGCAUAUUUUUAAGUAUCCCUACAGUUCUUGAUCCAUCCUUGGCUCCUGAAGGACAUCACAUACUUCAUAUAUUUACAACUGCAGGUAUAGAAGAUUGGGAGGGUCUACCUAGGAAGGAUUAUGAGCAGAAAAAGGAGCUUGUGGCAAAUGAGAUCAUACGAAGACUUGAAAAUAAGUUGUUUCCUGGUCUUCAAGACUCAAUAGUCCUCAAGGAGGUAGGAUCCCCAAAAACUCACCGCAGAUUUCUUGCCCGAAAUGAUGGUACAUAUGGACCCAUGCCACGGGGUAAACCCAAGGGUUUGCUGGCAAUGCCUUUCAAUACCACUUCAAUAGAUGGACUUUACUGUGUGGGCGACAGCUGUUUUCCUGGGCAAGGAGUGAUUGCUGUGGCAUUUUCAGGGGUCAUGUGUGCUCAUCGUGUUGCAGCAGACAUAGAUCUUGAACAAAGGUCUCCUAUUCUAGACACGGGCCUUCUUGGUGUCCUCAGAUGGUUGAGAACACUCGCAUAAAAUGAUGUCAGACGGAGACCUAGAGCAGGUCUUAUUGUUUACACAGAAGAAGCGGCGGCAGCCUCGCAUAUAUCGGGGUUUCCACAUGACCGGUCGGGUGUUGACCCAUCCAUACAAUGAUCCAGCAGCAGGCUUUAUGUAGCCAUUUUUGUUGCUGCCUGGUGUAUACGCACGCAAAGUUGGAUUUCAAGGAUGUUUCCUGAAACCCCCAAAUGGUCGAGAAUAUACUGAUGGUGAUCUGUAACUAGAGAGCUGGUGAUCUGGUAUUCUGAUCAUUUAUCUGCUUGUCUCUCUGCAAAGUGCGAUACUACUCCGCACAGAGUUGUAACAAACUAAGGUCGAUCUGGUAUAUGUUGUAACAAACUAAGGUCGAUCUGUGCCACGCUGUAAUUUAGGGAAGAUGAAGCAGCUCAUAUAUUCUGGCA